AUGAGGACCCUUCAAGGUUCCAGAUAUGAAGACAUUUGUGACCAAUCAGAAACAGAUGACUAUGAAGGGUUUCUGGAUAUUGGUUUCAUGCAACAAGUUGUUGUUUCUACUACUCCAUUAAACGUUAUCUAUCCUGGUUCUUGUUUUGAGGGGAAGUUUGCUCAAGAGGUUCCUCAAGGAACAAAUAGUGACAUUGAUUCUGAUGAUGGUGUUCAGCUUAAUCCACAAAAAAGAAAGGCUUCCUUCUUAGGGGAGCUGUUAACUCUAAACCUGGAAGUUCCUAUACAGCUGGUGAUACUUCAGCACCUCCUCUAA